GAAGAGGAGCUGGAGUUGGCCCGAGUGCUCGGGUGGACCGUUGAGUUCCUUCAGGCAUACUUCCUGGUGGUCGACGAUAUGAUGGAUCAGUCCAUCACACGACGUGGUCAGCCCUGUUGGUACAAAUUGGAAAAUGUUGGUCUCAUGUCAUGCAAUGACGCCAUUCUCUUGGAUCAGGAGAACUAUCACAUCCUUCAGCUAUUCUUCUCCGAUAAGAAAUAUUACCAAAAAAUAGUGGAUCUCAUGCACGAGACUUCUCGCUACACAUCUUACGGUCAGUGUAUGGACACAGCCUCCCAUCCCCCCAACCAAAAGCCACAGUUCCACCUGUUCUCGCAGUUACGAUACGACAGUAUAGUUAAAUACAAGACGGCCUACUACUCAUUCGUCUUACCCGUUAGGCUCGGGCUGACCACGUCGUGUGAUGGACUGAUCCAUCAUAUCGUCGACCACCAGGAAGUAUGCCUGAAGGAACUCAACGGUCCACCCGAGCACUCGGGCCAACUCCAGCUCCUCUUCCGUCGUCUUUCGUUUCUGUUGUUCAGCGAUAAUACGGACGGUCGACACGACUGCCAGCCCUCGGUUGCGCUUUCCGUGCGGAACGUUAUACUUAAUGCACUCUCGCAGCCAAUUCAUGGGUUCGGCCAACUCUUGGCACUGUUGGGCCGACACUACCGCCGAUAG